CACUUGGAUGAGGAAGUCAGACGAAGGCGACGGCCGACGAUCGUGGUGUUGACUGUUGAGCUGGGCUAUGAGCGUAAAAUAAUUUUGUUCCAAACACAAACAUGGUGUCAGCUAAUAAUAAAAGUGCAGGGGAGCUUAAAGACGAGAAGAAAAAUCGUAGUGGGACAAAUGCCCACUCGAUUAUUGGUAGUAAUGGGCAUUUAACAGCAGUUAGCUCCUCGACCCCAGCUGCUGGAGCUGGAGAAGAUGCUGAGAAAGACGAAGCCCCUAAAAGAGUUGGCAAAGCAUACCAGGCAGAAAUACCUGAACUUCUUCAUUCAAGUGAUGAGCAGCUGGAACGAUGUCCUGAGAGAGCUCAGCUGGUUUGGGCUCCCAACUCCUCGCUGUAUGAACAUCAAUUGGAGGAGUACCUAUGGCUAGCCAAAGACAAAUAUGGAUAUAAUGCCGAGCAAGCGCUUGGUAUGCUCUUCUGGCACAGACAUGAUCUCGAGAGAGCCACUUCUGACCUCGCUAAUUUCACUCCAUUGCCUGACGAGUGGACGACUGAAGACAAGGUUCUCUUUGAGCAAGCAUUCAUGUUCCAUGGCAAGACAUUCACCAGGAUAAGGCAGAUGUUGCCUGACAAAAGUAUUGCUCAGCUUGUCAAAUAUUAUUACUUGUGGAAGAAAACCCGUCAAAAAAAUUCCCUCCUUGAUAAACAUUGCAAGAAACAUGCCGCCCAGUUAGCUGCCCAGUCCGCCCUUGGCAACGGCAAAAAUGAGGACCUGAUGGCAAUAGCCAGCUCCGGCAGUGUGUUCUCUAAGAACAACGUCGGUCCUUCGGCUUUCAGUGCAAGUCACGGCGCUCAACAUCCUAUCAUUAAGCGCGUCGAGAACGAAGUCAUUGCCCUCAAACGGCAGGUACAAGCUAAUAAAGCAGAACUUAGUUACCUACGAACGCGUGUUGCUGCGUCUGGAGGUAUCACAGACUACCGACCUUCAUGCGCCGCUCUGCGUCUCAAUGCAAAGUGGAGCAACGACGAACUUCUUCUUGCUGUUCAAGGUGUGCGUCAGUAUGGACGCGACUUCAAAGCACUGGCAGAAAUAAUUGGCAAUAAGUCCGAGAAUCACGUGCGUUCAUUCUUCGCUACAUACCGCAAGCGCUACAACCUUGACCAGGCGCUGCGGGAGUGGGAGGCACAGAACAGCGGAGUGCAGCAAGACCCUCAGCCCAUGGAGACGGAUAUCAGCACCAGCCAACGGGGCAGUGCUGGCGCCUCAACCAGCAGCUCCUCUCAACGCGCCUGAGAACUUCCAUGUCACCAGAGAACUUCAAAACCUGCAGACCAAUUCCACACUAUUCAUUCAGACAAGAUUGAUCCUUUCUGUGAGAUUUUUUAUUUCUUUUGUGAUGUGCAUUCCCUACGCCUCGAUCCUUCCGUAUAUUAUUUGUUUGAUAUUUAAAACUAUCUAAUUUUUUUAAGGAACAUUUUUUAGAGUGCAGGUAAUGUCAUCUCCUGCGAGUUCCCUCUUGGGUUCAUAUUCCUUGUCACAAUCUUUUAUUUUUCAUAUUUAAAAAAAAAAGUUAUUACUGUAAAUUAUAUGCACUGCGGCUAAAUUCCUGUCAUGAUAGAACUUUCUAUGUGGGCAAUGAAAGUGCCUAACUUCGGAGUAGUCUCCUUUCGACAAAUGCCUACUUAUGUGAACUGGUGCUAUUGAAAUCACGUUGAGAACAUCGAAGAAUAUAUCUUCUCUGAACCUCCAAAGGAAAAAGAAAGAAGUGAUAAUUUCUGAGGAUAGAUUGAGGUUCUCAAUAUUCUGCUGCGGUGACGAUCACCAGUGAAACUGUUCACUGCAUAAUCUUACGUCCUGCGUCAAUGUUGAGAACAGUCAUUGAAAAUGUUCAUGGUUUAAGUUGACCAAAUCGUAAGAAUGAUCUUGUUCUCCAUCCUCUUAAGUCGAUGGCUAUUUUAUGGAAUUUCAAAAGGAAUUUUUUCAUUGGAUUGAAAGUCAUGUUAAGGAUUGAAUUUUUACAUCCUUUGUUUUCUAUGUGAUGAAUGGAUUGAUAUUCGAAUCGCAUUUUUUUUUUUCUGUAUUUGAGGCCUGUAUUUGGUUCUCUUGAUCACUUUCAAUAUUUACUGUACUAUAUAUUAACUUUUUAAGAGCUUGCACUGAAUAUUGUUUGAAGCUUCACUGCCAUAGAAAUUUAAUAAUGGUUAGCGGAUAUUCGUUCAUCUGAUCAUUUGCGACCAGCCUUCAAGAUUCCACUCACAAUGCUGUACACUGUCAAUUUUUCUGUAAAGUUUGGCUUGCUGUUGCAAGCUUUUUUUUGUAUGGAUCACUGUAUUUCAAGUUAAUUUGGUGAAGCUCGUCUAUAGUUCUCAUCUUUGAAUCACAGCUAUAUCAUUUGAUGCCGGCUAUAAAGUUUAUGUAUCUGCAAUAACAUGCUAAUGUGUGAAUAAUCAUUACUAUAGCCUCUUCGUUAGCUCUCAGCUUGUCUUUGCGUGAGACACAUCAGCUCGGCCAAAAAUUACAGCAGCAACCAACCAAUUUCUAUUUUAUUUUGCAUUUUUCGUGUUAUGAUGUGAGACAAGAUCGAGUCGUCGUAUGACUAUUGUGCUGUUCAAGAUUUUUGGGUAAUGCACUCGGGAGAAAGGUAGACUUGUGAGCAUAAAAAAUGACAAAGCUACUGUUCGCAACCACGUCACAGAUUUUUAACUUUUGCUGCGAUCAGUAGAGGUUAAUAUGAUAUAGCUCCUAUUGCUCUGUAUGUUUGAUUGUUAGGAGUUCUGGCAAAAUAACUUGUAUAUUCGGGAAGCUUCUUGAUUAAUGUCAGAAUUUUGUUGAGAAUUUUCCCUUACUUUUGAUGCAAAAGAUACUUCUCAACUCUUGAAUGGUUUUCAAUAGUGUAUAUCAAAAUAAUUUUUUGGAGUCGUCAUUGGAGUUUUUGUAUCAACGGAUUUUAUUUAAUUUGUUUAUCAACUUGAUUGGUACGUUUUCUUAGUAAGAGGUGCGUGCGAGUGUGAAACCAGCCACUCCUUGAAUGCUUUGCUAUAGUUAAAUCCAUACAUUUUCUGCAAUAUCUAAGCAGGUCGGAAGAAUUACUUUGUAGUUCUCUUCACCCACUUCCUGUCUCUAUUUCCUAUUCCUGCAUACGUACCUAAUUUCUGAAGUAUUCAUCAUCUCCUUAUCCAGAUCUUCAACCUCUUUGCAUGAACACAGCGUGUGAACUGUUGCGAUGACAAAUUGUAAACUUUUAAAUCUGUCUUCUUGUGCGUCUAUUUUCUUUCAUGUAGAUAUCUUCAAUUGAAUGCAUCGAGUUCUUUUUUCACGUAUCCAUAUUCUGGCUGCAGGGUUAAUGUAUUGACUCUUGUUAACUUUCCUUAUGUAUAUAAGACCAUGCAGCUGCCGCAAGCAUAUUUUCUCCAUUAACUCAUAUUGUGAUUUGGUUCUACGAUGCAUCUCACUAGCAAGGGUUAAAAUAGUCUAGUUGCACUAAUUUCUGUGCCUCAUCUUCAGUUUUUAUUACUUGCAAAAAAUCUAUCAUUUUCAGCAGGAUUGUCUCUGCAAAGACCAUCAUCUUUCGUGUCAACAGCUCAGAUCCUCCCAUUGACAUUUGCUGCAGCUCAAUGGUUCAUGCAGCGCUUGUACAAAAGUUUCGCAUGAGAUGAGGGUAGACGAAUGUCAUUGAUCGUGUCAAGGCGCUCGUCGCAAGUGCGAUGAUGUUAAGCUAAUUAUUGAAGUUUGUUGUGGUCACCCGCUGGUUGACGGAUAGGCUAAGUGUUUUUCCAUGCAUAAAAUGGGUUAGGCUAUGCAAGGUUCUCUUUAUGACAGCUACAAGUCACUACUUUAAGCGGGGCUCUAACAUGUUUCUGUCACCGACCUCUUUGUCAACGUCGCGACUUGUCCUAGGCUUCGAAUUGAAACUGUAUAUAGUCUCCUUGAUACUUGAGUGACAAAAACAUUGGAAUGUACUAUUUUUGACAGCCGAGUAAAAGUAAGCUUACCUAAGUUGCCCAUCUGUCGGCUAUUGAUUAAUGAAGCCUGAGUGUGCACACGGUGAUUACCGAAUACGAUAAUCAUCCAUAGGACGCUACCGGUUAACCUUCAGACUAUUUGCUGUGAAGAUCCACUAGUAAUUUUCUGCGUAGUUUUGCUUCCUGCGCGUGCUAGUCUCUUGUAUUUAUCGAUAUUAAAGCUCUACGAAAUGCUAAUAGAUAUUCAGUAUAAUAUAUUGUCACGUACAA